UCUUGUGCGGGACGAUUUCUGAGCGCAUCUUCCGAAGAGGCAGUCUUAUAAAUAAGGUGAAGCAAGGACUGUGAGUGCCAGGUUCCAGCAACGGUUGUGAAGCCUCUGUGCUGAAUAAGGUCUCCAUCUCUACGGACGUAAUGCAUGUAUGGAGAUCAACUAACAAGGUUCUGAGGACCCAUCGUCAAGCUUCCAGUGUCGCUUCAUUCACAUCUGGCCGCCUGGGGCGAUACGCCGUACCAACGCCGAAGAUCCUUCCGCAACCAUGAUCAAAAGAGUGGUUGGCUUGUUAUAAUAACAAGCUGAAGGCUAUGGAGUCGUGGCAGCCAAAUCCGCGCGCUCAGCCUUUCGUUCCAAAGCGAAGCCAUGGACUCUACAGUCCACAGACAGUAAUAACACGUCCGCUAAAUCGGAAACGCAUUCUAACGAAAAUAUUCAAGGCCCUGCUGGUCGUCGUGCUCCUAAUAACGAUUGGCAUCAAUGUGAUGUUCAUCAUGGACACCAGUCGCCGUCUUCAGGAAGAAGCCUUCCGCGCCAAGGAUGGAGGAGAGUUCGUUGAUGGCGAGAGCAGAAGAAAUAGCCUGAGGCUGCAGGAAAGUCAGCCCAAAUCCCUAGCAAUAGAUGUUCUCUCCAGCCAAUCCAAGGUGUCUGUUUCAGUUGAUGGUACAACGAUUCUGGAGGACAACGAAGAGCAUAAGGGCCGAGGAAUACAUGUUCUAGUAUUGAACCAAGCAAGUGGAAGCGUAAUGGCACAACGAAUAUUUGAUACCUAUUCCCCACAUGAAGACGAGGCCAUGGCUCUAUUUCUUAAUAUGGUGUCAGAUGGAAGGAUAAUCAUUUUUGCUAUAAAGGAUGAAGGAACAUUUCAAAUGAAACAGCCUGCCCGAGAUUUGUUGAGACGUCUUGGCUCUAAGCGUUCACAAGUAAUAGGAUGGAGGGAUAUGUGGGCAAUGGUAACACAAAAGGGCUCAAAAAUGUUUGGCGAAUCUUAUAGUAAAAGCACUGAAUUCAAUACCUGGGGAGCCCCAGUUAUGCUUCAUGCAGAAAUUCCCCUUGUACCUGCUGAAGACAGUGAAUGUUAUUGGCCAGACAAUGAGGAAAACAGAAGGCGAAGGCAGUUUUGUAACCACAUUGAAGGUUACGGAAGUGUCUGCAGCUGCCAAGACCCUGCACCAAUAAUUUUUAGCCCUGAACCAGUAAUAAACAACAAGGUCCAUGAUGUACCAGUUGCAAUCAUUGCCAGCAACAGGCCACAUUACUUAUACAGAAUGUUGCGGUCCCUUCUGUCAGCCAGUGGUGCAAACCCAGAAAUGAUUACUGUUUUCAUUGAUGGAUACUUUGAAGAACCACUGGAAGUUACUAAACUGUUUGGUUUACGAGGCAUUCAGCACACACCAAUUGGAGUUAAAAAUGCACGGAUAUCCCAACAUUACAAGGCCUCUUUAACAGCUACCUUUAAUAUUUUCCCACAGGCCAGAUAUGCAAUUAUUGUAGAAGAAGACUUAGAUGUGUCUCCAGAUUUCUUCAGUUAUUUUAGCCAAACUCUGAGAUUGCUUGAGGAAGAUGAUUCAAUCUACUGCAUCUCUGCCUGGAACGAUCAAGGAUAUGAACAUACAAGUAGUGAUCCAAGCUUACUAUAUAGAGUAGAAACAAUGCCUGGUCUUGGCUGGAUACUAAAACGAUCUCUUUACAAGGAUGAACUGGAAUCUAAAUGGCCAACUCCUGAGAAGAAGAUGUGGGACUGGGACAUGUGGAUGCGCCUUCCCGAAGUACGAAAAGGAAGAGAAUGUGUCAUACCUGAUGUUUCCAGAACAUACCAUUUUGGAGCAUCAGGGCUCAACAUGAAUUCAUAUUUCCAAGAUGUGUACUUCAAAAAGCAUUCAUUCAACACACAGCCAUACGUUGAAUUAAAAAAUAUAGACAGUAUCAAGAAAGAUAAUUAUGAAGAAGUGAUCAUUGGAAUGAUAAAGCAUGCUAAUAUUUUAGAUCACAGCAAGUCACCAUGUGAAGAGAGUUUUGUCCCAGAAAAAAAGGGAGAAACAAAUGUAAUGUUCAUUAAAAUGGAUGAGCCCAAAGACUUUGCAACAUGGCUUCAGGUUGCUAAGUGCUUCAAAAUAUGGGACCUCGAUGCUAGAGGUCAUCAUAAGAGCAUGUGGAGGAUGCAUAUGAAAGGCAGUGAAAUGCUAGUAAUAGGCGUUCCAAAUUCAGAAUACUCAAUAUACAAGCCAUCAAACAUAACACCAAUAUAUUUGGAAGCUCAAGCAGAUAAAGGGAAGAUCAGGUAGCAGCUCCUUAUUGAUGGACAAGAUUCGUCAGACAUUUGUUGUCACAAUCCUGAGCCCCAUAUUGUGCUUUGUCAUAAGUACAAAAACUGAACUGCAUCUCAACAUCCAGUAUUUACAGAUAGUUCUGCAAACACAACAGUGGUGCGAAUAAAUGUUGAAUCAUGUGAUGAGGCAUGUGUGAGAACUGUAAACUGUGAUUUUUAAGGCAGUGAAUAAUAUAACAAGCAUGAUGCUCUGUGAAUAAAGAACAUUUCCCCUGUUAACUGUGACAAAAUGUGUAGGUGACUGCACAGUAAUGAAAUAAUUCCCAAUUUGCAAAGAUGUAAAGUACUCUCUAUGUGUAAAAAUAAAAUUUGUGAAUGUUGUAGAAUUGCCUGUUUUGCUCGCUAUUUGUGAUUUUACACACACUGAGUAAUUAAGUGUGUGAUUUACUGUUACCAAUAAAAUAAAGAAAUAUGGUAAUUUUA